AUGAAAGAGGGUCAUUUGAAAGCUACAUUGACAAGUCAUAACAUAGCAGCUGUCACUUGGAAAGAUAACAGUGUUGUCACACUAUUGUCAAAAGAGCAUGGUGUGGCUCCUCUUGGUGAAGCUAAGAGAUAUUCAGUGACAGAAAGAAAGAAAGUUUCCAUUCCUCAGCCAUAUCGUAUUGCGCAAUACAACAGGAAUAUGGGAGGUGUCGAUCUAAUGGACAAUAAUAUAUCGAACUACAGGAUAGGCGUUCGUGGAAAACGGUGGUAUAUCCCAAUCGUUCUCUGGCUUUUUGAUGUUGUGAUGAGCAACACUUGGUUUCUGGCUCGCUCUCAAGGAGUUACUUUGGACAGUCUGUUUCCAAAGAAGUGUGGUCCAGGCUUUUACUUCAAAAAUUUGGACGCGCUCCUAAAGCAAACUGGCCCAACAAGAGCACUGAAGAGGGCUUCAAACCCACUCCGUAGUGACCAUGGAGGUUAUCUUAUAGUGAAAGGUCAAAGUAGAAGAAGGUGUAUUCUAUGUAAAAAUAAAACUGUAAAAGCGUGCAAACGAUGUGAGGUCCCACUGCAUGAUACCUGUUUUGCAGAUUUCCACAAAGAGUAA